AUGGCCCCCUUUCAAGAUCGUCUCACGUUUCUCCCAGAGGCAAUUCUCUUCACCAUUCUUUCCCUUAUUCCUGUCAAAGAGGCUGCUAGGACAAGCGUCUUGGCAAAGCCAUGGCGGAGGUUAUGGCUUUCCCGGCCUAAUGUCGAAUUAAACGACCGCCUUUUCCUUUCCCCUCUCACGGGAAUUGAUGAACAACACCCAAAUAUCGAACAAAUAAGGGAUGCUAACAAAUUUUACCAACUAUAUUAUCUAAUAAAAGUCGGGUUUAAGUGGUUCGCCAAUGGUGCACCAUCUAUCUCAUCUUUUAGCCUUAUUUUCUGCGACCCUCAUAUUUGCCCAAUCAAUAUUGAGAAUCUUGUAAGGCAUGCCCUUUAUCGCCACCCCAACUCUCUAGAACUCGAUUUUUCACUUCCGAGUUGGGAAGACAGACUCCCUUUAAACAAUGAAUUCAUUGAAAGGUUUACUCUUCCAGUGUAUGUUUACAAUUACACCUUCUUAGAGUCCUUAAAAUUGGCUUCUUGUCGAUUUGACAUGAACAAUUUCGCGACUAUUGGUCUAACCUUAAAAAGUGUCUUCUUAGCGUGGAUUGAGAUUAUAAACGCAACAAACCUUAGGUUAAUGUUGCAAAGUUGUCCGUUACUCGAAAAUUUAAGUUUGUCUAAGUGUUUUCAAGCACCACAUUAUGAUAUCCAAUCCGACACUCUUAAGACGAUUGUCGUGGACAAAUGUGUUGAUUUGUUAACCUUAACAAUUGUUGCACCAAAUCUUGUUCAUCUCAAGUAUUGUGGCAAAGUUGUACAAUUUGGUAUCAUCGUGUCUGAGAAUUUUGAGACGGCCGAGUUAGAUUUCGGCCUCGUCGAGAUGUUUGAUUUGGAAGAUGGUGAAAAGAUUGCUAAUCUUCUUGAUAGCCUCUACUUCGCAAGGUCUUUGAUUGUUGAUAGUUACGUCGUUCAGGUGAUUUCUUUUGAUGGGGUGGAACUAAAUCCUCUUGGACAAAACCGUGCGAAGAACUUAACAAUCAAAACAGCUUUUGAUGAAUCGGAAUUUCGUGGAAUAUGUAUGCUGUUAGAUAAUUACCCUUUGCUGGAGGAAGUCCGGUUCGAGCAUGGAGACCAUGUAAUUUUCAGGGAAGACAUGGAGGUGGAUUACUUCCAUGUCGUGCCUCCUUUAACAGAUUGGGCUAAAGUAAGCCCAUCGAUUGAUGGAUGUUUGCCAAACAUGUUGAAAGUUGUGGAGAUUGUAGGAUUGCAAGCAACUUUGUUUGAAAUGAAUCUCUUGCCUUAUUUAAUUACUCAAGCUGGUGUCUUACAAAAACUCGUCUUGAGGGCUGGUAAUCAAAUGGGAUUUGCAUAUGCUAAAGGCGUAAAAUUUGUUCUUGCACAAGAGCGUAAGCAAUUGAAGGUUGAAGUUUAUUCUGAAGAUGGUGUCCUCUAUGGACCGAAGGGAGAAACAAAGGUUCAACCUAAGCCUUGCAUCAUCAAUGAACAUGAGUAA